AAUUUUCUAAAUUAUUGCUCAUUUAAAAUGAUUUGGAUGCAAACUUUUCAUCGCGACUCUAAAGCACCGUUGUUUUCAGUGUUCCUUUAUGUUUUCAGUGUGUGCACACGCAUUUAUUUACGCCGAUCUGGCAGCGCUGGCGUCCAAGGCAACCUUGUGAUGACCAUUAGAAAAAAGAACGUUUUAAAAGAGUUUGAAGAUCCAGUUUCUGUUUUGUGUUUUUAUGUCAGUAUCGUUUAGCAGUGAAAAUUGAUUCAGGCUCUUAUUGAAAAUGUCACAAAUGUCUGAGCUGCAGACAUGUCCCAUUCUGUGUCUGCACGAGGACCUCGUGCAUGAGAUUUUCUCCUAUUUGCCACAACUCUGCGACAAAGUGCGUUUGGCGUGUGUGGCGCCCAAUUUCAUGCACGUCUUUAGCAAAUGGGUGCGAUCGCGUCGACAUGCGUUGAACGCUGAGGAUGUGGAGCAGAUGCAGUUGGGUGAAAUGAUUGAUUUCUUCAGUGUGGCAGGACCGUACAUAACCUCACUUACUGUUGACUGCUCGUCGUUUCAAAAGGAGUCGCUGAUUGUGGAGUUUAUAGCGGUCUAUUGCCGCAAUCUGGAGGAGAUCAGCUAUAGUAAUGUGACAGAUGAUUUCCAUUAUCGCGAACUAAUGACGCGUCUAACGCAACUGCGACGCAUUAGCAUCGAUUGCAUGGAUGACGAAGAUGUGUUGAAUUUUGAUCUUGAGGGGAAUACCGGGCUGGAAUCCUUUGAGCUCAUCAAUGGCUGCUACACGGGCAAACAUUUGUGCGGCUUUGAAAGGCUGCAGCGUCUUGUGCUACGCGAUUGUAAGCUCUUUGAUUCUGGGAAAUUUGGCAUUCCUCUCAAGCAUUUGCGUGUGCUGGUGUUGGAAGAAUGUAGCAUGUAUCACUCGUUGUGCGAAAAGAUUGUUAAGUGCUGUGGGGAACUCGAGGUGUUGUCCUUUUCCGGCUGCCAUCGGAUGUCAUCGAAAGAGCUGAACUUUCUAUCCACGCUCGCCGAUAGGAGAGACAACAUGCUCAAGUACCUGAAGCUAUCGGGGCCAUUUGCGAUAAGCAAUGAACAAGCACGCUAUUUGGGACAACUGAGUGCGUUGGAGGAGCUUCAUUUGAUUAAUGUAGUGGAGGAUGACCACUUCAGGUUCUUUAAUGAUCUGCCGUUGCUCCGUCUUUUUGGCAUGUCCUUUUGUGGUCGUGUCACGGACGUUGGUCUCAUGAGCCUGAUACGCAAGUGUCCGAUGCUUUCAUGCAUUAAUCUCAAGGAUUGCCAUCAGAUCACCGAUCAGUUUGUGCUCAAUGCCGUCUACUGUUGCAGCAAAAACUUGCCGAGUCGCGAUAUGUUGUUGAAUGUGGAGGGAACUAGAAUCAACCGCGAUAUGCUAAAGCAUCCGGAGUACUUGAAGCCGCAGAACAAAGUGAAGCUGAACUUUAAGAGUGAAACGGACUAGGAAGCGACCAUACACAACAUACAACAAUACAACACAACAAUGAUCCAUUUGUGUGAUCUGUAUCAGAUAAAUUGAUGGCGAGCACCUUGGAUGCACCUCUGGUCAUUUAAUAAUUAAACGAUCGAUCGACUAUAUUGACUAUAUCAGUUUGCAAUAAAUUUCGUAUUCAAUUGUUUGCUUGAACUUUUGCUGCACCAAUUGUAAUUGCAGCAGGUAUAAACACGUUAAAUGAGACAACUCGACUUUAGGAUACCCGAUACCACAUUUCGAUUAAAAGACAGUUUAAACAGUUUUUUUAAUAAUCAAUAUGAGGAUGAAUAAUAACUAAG